AUGAACGCUUCUCUGGACGCAAAAUAUUGGCAGCCAUGUUUGUCGACAGACAAAGUCACUACAUGGCGAGCGUGCCUCCUGACUAGCUUCCUUCUUUACGUUCGCCACCGUUUCUGCCAACGAUAAGAUGGCUGGCGAUGCGGAUCGGAAAUCGUCCAGCAAGUUGCCUUCACUUACUUCUAAACACACUCAGGUGAGAUUAUCGUUGAUUAAUUACCAUUGACAAGGGCUUAGAAGUGGAAGACGGCUUAGGUGAGAUUGUCUCAGAACUAACAUAAAAUAAGUGAUGAGCGCUACGACUACGACCGCUUAACUUAUAAAGAAUUUUUUUUUGUUCGAGGAGAAAGGUAAAGGCAAUCGUUCACAACUCGGUAGUCACGUAGCAAUCGUCCACAACCCGGGAAUCUCGUAGCAAUCAUUCACAACCCGGGAAUCUCGUAGCAAUCGUUAAUAACCCAGGAAUCUCGUAGCAAUCGUUCACAACCCAGGAAUCUCGUAGCCUAAUCUUCUGACAGCACGCUGACGUCAGAACAUGGUGAUUCAUUUUCAGUUUUAGAAACACACAAGAAUGUACUUUAUUUUAUAGAAUAUAAUGUGAACAAGGAUACAUGAAAUAUACAUAUAAAUAAAUGAAUACAGGUAUUACUAUCUAAAUCUCACAGUAAUAUAAACAAUACUAUAAUCACAAGUCUAAGCUCCUGGAAUUACUAUUUCUGCUAACUAUUGAAUGGCCCCAUCUAGUACUCAGCAAAUGCAACGGCAAGCUAGCCACGCAUCAAUGUGCUCAUCUCGCGGCUCUCCCUUCUUUGUAGGGGGGGGGGGGGUUGCACCCAGUCUUCUACUGAUCGUUUCGUGUUGCUUGACCUCAGUGUUGGUCAAUGUUCGGUUGAUAGACGUUGGUCGUGCCAACGACGUGUCCCCUUAACUGGAGAGUGGUAAGCUGAUACGGUUAGGUUAAUGGGGUGCCGUACAUAUAGAAAAAUGGCCCUACCUUGUACUUAUAACACCAUUGACAAUUGUAAUUGUAUUUCGUUCACUCUCUACUCCCCACCAGUUCAUCCGCCCACGAAAAACUGUGGAUGAUGAGCCGCCGUUGAACCUUCGGAUCAUGCACGGCAGGCGCCACUUCAACAUAGUGCUCAAAAUAGCCGACAAUGAGCACGGGGACCGCAUCACCAUGCGCCACCUGGCGGAGAUGAUCACCUGCGAGACGGGGAUUCGACCCCGAGAUCAACAGUUCUACUUCAAGAAUCUCACUUGGCGCAACCCUGACAUGGGGCCCUGGUCCCCGGCCCUCAGAGACAUGGGAUUCAAAAAUGGAGAUAAGUAAGUAUGGACCGAAUGGCCCCACCCCCGCCCCCUACCCCUUAAAACAACGGGAUGUAACAUGCAGUCGAUAAAUGAAGAUACCGCCAAAUAUCAAAGGACCGACAGAUAGCUUCUUAGGAUGUGGUAAAAAAAAAAUUUAAACACAAAAAAAUAUUUUUGUUUCCUAAGGCUUGUUUCAACUCCAAAGUCUUGUAUCGACUCCAAAUAUGAAGUUUGCAUAAGACGCUGGCAACAAUCUCGGAUUCCUGUCUAAAAGAAAUUGUAAAUCAUUUGUUUAUUCCCAUCCCCAGAAUCCAACUGGUCACAUUCCACCAGCCAUACCCCGACUGGGAAGAGAUGAACACGCUGGAGUCACUAGAGAAGGAAGUCAAUAAAGCUGACGGUAACCUUAGGAGACUGUUCUACAAUCUUCAAGGGGUCAGUUCUUUAGACUUCUGUGAUUCAAAGUAUGAGAAAGUCCUGAAAAUAAUGAUUCAACAUAGUGGGAAAUAAUUGUAAAAAAAUAUUUUGUAUUAUCCAUUCGUAAACAUCCACACAUCUUCUUAUCUAAAUGUAUGUUUAAUCCAAGGGGAUACAUCCACGAAAUUUCUUAUUUUUCAAUCAGGUGCACGAAGGAUUCGUCCAAGGCAACAAUCAACUGAUGGCCUUGACCUGCUUGAAACGAAGUUUCGAGGACCUCAAGGAAAAGCUCAUGGAAAAGUUAAAGGUGUCCUAUAUGUUGCAGUUGUUAUUUCAAAACAUCCCGUGUCUUUGGAAUUUUUUUUUUUAAAUGUCUAAAUGUGUAGGUCAUACAUCUGUGAACAGGACGUACCCAAGACUUAAGAUUUAAAAAAAAAACGCCCAUGCUGCCAGUAUCCACUGAGAAGUCAACAUGACUCUAAGUUAACUCUCAUAUCCAUUAACUAAUUGAGAUGGUAUGUACCAGCAGAUCUUUCUCAUCAUAAAGAUCCGUCAAUUAUGAAGUACAUUUAUCAAAAAAAUUACAUGGAUGAUUAUUUGGAAAGUUAACUUUCAGAAAGGAAAUUUAUUGAAAUUAACUAGAGAUAAAGUCUAAGCCAGUUGAAGGAUUAUUUUAAUUAUGCGUAAAUGAUAGCAGAACAGCACCGGGCUGACCACAGGGCACCACUUCCUACAACAUCCGGCUGAACUGCACAUCGGGUUUGGUCAUUUGGCGCGUGUAGUCUCAUACUGUUCUCUUCACGAAACCUUCAAUCUAAAUUCUAAUAUUUCAUGAAGUUAAAAUAAUACAAUGUAUUCAAUAACUUGAUUUUUUUUUUUUCGUCAGGCUUUAAACUCGAUCAACUUUGACCACCGCAACGUGCUGGGUCAGGCCAAACGCCGCGAGCUGGUGGACCACGCGCAGCGGCAGAUCGACAAGUGCACCGACGUCUCCACCACCAUCUUCCACAAACUGGCGCAGGCGCACUACGCCUCCAACGUGGGGAGGGUCUUUCCCCGAGACCAGCGGCUCUUUCCGUCCCAGAAUAAAUGGCGCAACAGCUUGAUCCUCUAGAAGAUGUGUGUGUGUGUGUGCCUUCAUCUCUUAAAAUAAUGUCAAAAUGUGGCAAUGUUUUUAUUUUUUUUCAAAACUGUUUGGGGUUACGUUGCAUUCUAUACUGCUAGGCUUUAAUCGGUGACGAAUUCUUUCUAUGCCCACCCCCCACCUCCCCUUUUUUUUUGAUCUGCCCUAUUAAGGUGUAUCAGAUCUGCCCUAUCAAGGUGUAUCAGAUCUGCCCUAUCAAGGUGUAUCAGAUCUGCCCUAUCAAGGUGUAUCAGAUCUGCCCUAUUAAGGUGUAUCAGAUCUGCCCUAUUAAGGUGUAUCAGAUCUGCCCUAUCAAGGUGUAUCAGAUCUGCCCUAUCAAGGUGUAUCAGAUCUGCCCUAUUAAGGUGUAUCAGAUCUGCCCUAUCAAGGUGUACCAGAUCUGCCCUAUUAAGGUGUAUCAAAUUUUUAUUAACAAAUCUUGCUUUGUUUAUCCCUACUGUUUCUUUUUUUUAUUUAAAGAAAAAAUUAUUAAUUUUUUUUUAUUUUUGUAAAUCUACCACAAUGUUUAUAAACAAUUUUGUAUUACGAAGAUCAGAAUAUUUAUUUUUUUGAAAAAACUUAAAUAGAUUGAAAUUCUCUAUUUAUACAUUUCAUACACAUUUACCGUUAAAAACACAAUAAAGGACCUUAAUGAAUUUUAAAAAAAAA